AAGAAUAUAAUAAUGUAAAAGGUAACAAAUCAUCUCAUUUAUAUAAAAUUUAUCUUGGGUCAUGAGUAGAUUAUUAGCGUUCAUGCAUGAAUUAGCUCUGUGUAAAAAACAAAGAAAAUAGUUGCAUCACUGUUAAAAUAUAACUUUGGGGUACAGAGACGUAUGUUACUUUGUGACUUCGUCUUAUAGUAUUCUUCGCCACCUUCUCAAGAACACCAAGACGCUCUCCGUGUAAUCCCGCGCAGAAAUUACAAAAAAAGGAAAUGGAGAUAACGAACGUGAUGGAAUACGAGAAGAUCGCAAAGGAAAAGUUACCAAAGAUGGUUUAUGAUUACUAUGCAUCUGGUGCAGAGGAUCAGUGGACUCUUCAGGAGAAUCGUAACGCCUUCUCCAGGAUUCUGUAAGGGAACCCAUAUGUUCUUUUCUUUCCUCCUUAUAAAUUGUUUUCAAGUAUUGGGGGAAUGUUACUUUUCCUUUUUCAUAUGUUGAAAAAAAAAACGUUUAGGCCUCGGAUUCUCAAAGAUGUAAGCGAGAUUGAUGUGAGCACAAGGGUUUUAGGGUUUAACAUUUCCAUGCCAAUCAUGGUUGCUCCUACAGCAAUGCAGAAAAUGGCUCACCCUGAUGGCGAGCUUGCAACCGCCAGAGCUACUUCCGCUGCUGGAACGAUCAUGACUUUAUCUACAUGUGCUACUUGUAGUGUUGAGGAAGUUGCUUCCACAGGACCUGGUAUUCGUUUCUUCCAACUCUAUGUCUAUAAGGACAGAAACGUGGUUAGACAGCUUGUGAAACGAGCUGAAGAAGCUGGAUUCACAGCGAUUGCGCUUACUGUAGAUACCCCUAGGUUUGGACGCAGAGAAGCCGACAUCAAAAACAGAUUCGCGCUUCCUCGAGAUCUAACUUUGAAGAACUUUGAAGGGUUGGAUCUUGGGGAAAUAGAUAAGACCGAUGGCUCAUGGCUAGCUUCUUAUGCUGCAAGUCAAGUUGAUCAAUCACUUAGCUGGAAGGAUAUAAAGUGGCUCCAAUCAAUCACAAGCUUGCCAAUAAUUCUCAAGGGUGUUCUUACAGCUGAGGAUGCAAGGGUCGCCGUUGAAUAUGGAGCUGCAGGGAUUAUAGUUUCUAACCAUGGAGCUCGUCAGCUCGAUUAUGUCCCUCCAACUAUAAUGGCCCUUGAAGAGGUGGUUAAAGCCGUGGAGGGUCGGAUUCCGGUGUUUCUUGACGGUGGGGUUCGCCGUGGAACAGAUGUAUUUAAAGCAUUGGCUCUAGGAGCUUCAGGUGUCUUUGUUGGGAGGCCAACCUUGUUCUCGCUUGCAGCGGACGGAGAGGCCGGAGUGAGGAAGAUGCUGCAAAUGCUAAGAGAUGAGCUCGAGCUGACAAUGGCACUAAGUGGGUGCAGUUCUCUGAGAGAGAUCAGUAGAAACCACAUCAAGACCGAUUGGGACUUUCCUCAUUACCUCCCGGCCAAGCUAUAGGGAAUCUUAUUGAUCACUUGGUUUAAUAAUCAUCGAGGAAAACAAAAGAAGAGAUGGAUGGUUGGAUAUAUGAAGUAAUAAUCUCAUCGAACUAAAAUAAAAAUUUACAUUUGAGUAAAAAGAAUUGCAUAUAUGAUAUUUGAAGUAAGUCUUUAAUUUCACACUCCAAUAUGUUGUACCAAUCAGAACUUUUUGGUUUUUCUUUCCAUCUUUCUAGCUCUAGUUUGGACGAGCUUUCUCCCAAUUGUGCCUGGUAAAUAGAAAGUGACGUGUGUGAGAAGCUAGAGUGUUACUCUCAAUUGUGUUCGCAGUUUCUUCCACUGCGACUCAUCAAAUCGUGGACAAAACCAUGAGAAACAUCUCUGUGGUAGAUUUGGGAGGCAAAAUGUGAAGAUUGCAUCAGAUAUUGGUUUGCAAAAAAAGAAAGAAGAAGACCGUUACCUUUUUCAGUUGGUUCUUUCAACUGACUUUUUUAUUCUCUGAUUGAUUUAUUUCUUCUUACAAACAGAUACAUCACCUUGAUGUAAAUACUGGUUUUUGACUGAAUAAAUUUCAUAUUCAUAUGCUUCAUAAACACUUAGAUAGAAGAGAUGGUGUUCAGCGGGGCACUUCUGGUGACUAUUUUGGGCUUGUUUUAUUAUGGAACUUUUAAAUGAACCACUUGUAUAUAUGUGGAAAAAAGAUAUGUCCAUUCACCAAUCCACAGAACAUACCAUGUCCAGGCUAUAUAUGUAGGCGCUGCUAUCCAACUAAUCACUUGUUCCUUUGGCUCCAAUAAUUCUUUGGAUUCUUAUGGUGUAAGAAACCAUAGAGCCUACGGUCUAGUCGCCAAGGAUCGUAUGUAUGUGUGUGCAAAGCUCUUAAUAAAACAGUACCUUCGUUUUA